AUGAGCUACUACAGCGGCUACUACGGAGGCCUGGGCUACGGCUAUGGUGGCUUCAGAGGCCUGGGCUGCGGCUAUGGCUGUGGCUGUAACAGCUUCCGCAGACUGGGCUAUGGCUGUGGUUAUGGAGGCUACGGAUAUGGCUCUGGCUAUGGAUGUGGUUCAGGCUACGGAUAUGGCUCUGGCUAUGGAUGUGGUUAUGGAGGCUACGGAUAUGGCUCUGGCUAUGGAUAUGGUUCUGGCUACGGAUAUGGUUCUAGCUACGGAUAUGGCUGCUGUCGUCCUUCAUGCUGUGGAGGGUAUGGGUUUUCCAGCUUCUACUGA